AUGGGACAAAUUCUUUCGGAGCCCAUUGUGGACAAGCGCACGUCGCGUGGUGAGGAUGACCGUCACCUGUACUGCGUGUCCGACAUGCAGGGCUGGCGUAUCUCGAUGGAGGACGCGCACGCUGCUGUGCUGAACCUCCCGGAGGACGUGAAUGUGCCGUCGAAGGAGCGCGUGAGCUUUUUUGCUGUGUACGACGGCCACGGCGGCCGCACGGUGCAUGGCCGUCUCGUGGAACUGCCCGAGUUCAAGGAGCACAAGUGGGAGUCGGCGCUGCGCCGUGCCUUCCUCAAGACUGACGAGGAUCUUCGUAUCGACCCCGUGUACGCGAACGACACAUCGGGCUGUACCGCGGUUGCUGCGCUGCUCGUGCCCGAGUCGGAGACGAAUGGCCGCCGUAUCUACUGCGCCAACUCGGGCGAUUCGCGUUGCGUGCUCGGCCUCUCUGGUGAGGCCAAGCCGAUGAGCUAUGACCAUAAGCCGAGCAACCCCGAGGAGCACUCGCGCAUCCUCAACGCGGGCGGCUUUGUCGAGUUCGACCGUGUGAACGGCAACCUGGCGCUGAGCCGCGCGCUGGGCGACUUUGAGUUCAAGCAGAACGCCUCGCUGCCCGCCGAGCAGCAAAUUGUCACGGCCGACCCCCAGGUGAUUUCGCACGACUACACCGGCGAGGAGGAGUUUUUGGUACUCGCAUGCGACGGUAUUUGGGACUGCUUGUCGAACCAACAGGUGGUCGAUCUCGUCCGGAGAGGGAUUGCGCAGGAGAAGGAGCUCACCACCAUCUGCGAAGACAUCAUUGACCGGUGCCUCGCUCCCGACGCAGAAGUCGGUGGCAUUGGCUGCGAUAAUAUGACCCUCCUCAUUGUGGCCAUGCUCGGCGACCGCACCAAGCAGGAGUGGUACCAGUGGGUGAAGCAGCGCGUGGAGAACAAGGUUGGCUACGACACACCAGAGAACGUCCCCCCGGUCUUCCGCACGCACCUCCAACAGGACGCACAGCAGCAGUCGCUGUUUGGCGGUAGCAACGCUGCGCAACGCAACGUGGCCCUCUCCCUCAACGGCUUGGGCUCGGGUGGCCUGCUCUCGGCCAUCCCGCGCGUGCUCUCGGGUCAGGGCGCGAGCGAAGAAGAAGUGGAUCAGGCCAGCGAGGACGCGGCCGCGGCGAUCGUCUCGUCGAACGACGAGUCGGAGAAGGCAUCGUCAAAGAACGAGCAAGCGUAG